GUCCGCAGCGGCGGCAGCUGCGGGCGGCGGCGGCGCGGGAGCGGGGUGAGGAAGGACGGGAAGGGAGGAGGAGGAGGAGGAGGAGGAGGAGAGCGGCGGGCUCGGGGGCUCGGCAGCGCCGCAACCACGCUGUUCCCGAAGUACUGCAUUGUGGGAUAACAUCAAGGUCUGUCUUGCUGCUGGACUGUUCUGUUGACCUGUUUCAGUAUUCUGAGACCACAGACUGACACGAAGGAAUCUACCUGGCUACUGGAAACAUUCUGCAUGGUCAAGCAAUACUCUCUGACAGGCUUAUUUUCUAUGAAAUGAAGUUUAAUCUUGAGACAAUUCAGUAGAAACUUGCAAGAUUUUGAACACCAUGGUAGCACUUUCCUUGAAGAUCUGUGUCCGCCAAUGCAAUGUAGUGAAGACGAUGCAGUUUGAACCAUCCACUGCAGUGUAUGAUGCCUGCAGAGUUAUUCGUGAACGAGUUCCAGAGGCUCAAAUGGGACAAGCCUCUGACUACGGAUUGUUCUUGUCAGAUGAAGAUCCUCGUAAAGGUAUAUGGUUGGAGGCUGGAAGAACGCUGGAUUAUUACAUGUUGAGAAAUGGGGAUAUAUUGGAGUACAAAAAGAAACAAAGACCUCAGAAAAUACGUAUGUUGGAUGGUUCAGUGAAAACAGUCAUGGUGGAUGAUUCUAAAACAGUUGGUGAAUUGCUGGUUACCAUUUGCAGCAGGAUAGGAAUAACCAAUUAUGAGGAAUAUUCCUUAAUCCAGGAGAGCAUUGAAGAAAAGAAAGAAGAGAGUACAGGAACACUUAAGAAAGAUAGGACAUUGUUGCGUGAUGAAAGAAAAAUGGAAAAAUUGAAGGCAAAGCUUCAUACUGAUGAUGAUUUAAAUUGGCUAGAUCAUAGCCGAACAUUUAGAGAACAAGGAGUUGAUGAAAAUGAAACGUUACUGUUGAGACGAAAGUUCUUCUAUUCAGACCAGAAUGUAGAUUCAAGAGAUCCUGUUCAACUGAAUUUGCUUUAUGUUCAGGCUCGUGAUGACAUUCUGAAUGGCUCCCAUCCUGUCUCCUUUGAGAAGGCUUGUGAGUUUGGAGGCUUUCAAGCACAGAUCCAGUUUGGACCUCAUGUAGAACACAAGCACAAACCUGGAUUUUUAGACCUAAAAGAAUUCCUACCUAAAGAAUAUACCAAACAAAGAGGGGCUGAAAAGAGAAUAUUUCAGGAGCACAAAAACUGUGGUGAGAUGACUGAAAUAGAAGCCAAAGUGAAAUAUGUGAAGUUAGCCCGCUCCCUGCGGACCUAUGGUGUGUCCUUUUUCCUUGUUAAGGAAAAAAUGAAAGGCAAAAACAAGCUGGUUCCUCGCUUGCUGGGGGUCACCAAAGACUCAGUGAUGCGUGUGGAUGAGAAGACCAAGGAAGUGUUACAAGAAUGGCCACUGACAACUGUGAAACGCUGGGCUGCCUCACCUAAAAGCUUUACCCUGGAUUUUGGUGAAUAUCAGGAAAGCUAUUACUCAGUACAGACCACUGAAGGAGAACAGAUCUCUCAGUUAAUCGCAGGUUACAUUGAUAUCAUCCUGAAGAAGAAACAAAGUAAAGAUAGAUUUGGUCUUGAAGGCGAUGAGGAAUCAACGAUGUUGGAAGAAUCUGUUUCACCAAAGAAGUCCACCAUCUUGCAGCAGCAGUUCAACCGAACAGGGAAGGUAGAGCAUGGCUCUGUGGCACUACCAGCUGUUAUGCGGUCAGGGUCCAGUGGCCCAGAGACUUUCAACAUCGGCAUCAUGCCUUCUCCCCAGCAACAGGUCACCAUUGGUCAGAUGCACAGAGGACAUAUGCCCCCGCUUACCUCAGCUCAGCAGGCCUUGAUGGGAACUAUUAACACAAGCAUGCAUGCUGUUCAACAAGCGCAAGCCGACCUCAGUGAAGUUGAUAACCUUCCACCUCUAGGGCAGGACAUGGCAUCAAGAGUAUGGGUUCAGAACAAGGUUGAUGAAUCAAAACAUGAAAUACACUCUCAGGUUGAUGCUAUCACUGCAGGAACUGCAUCUGUUGUUAACCUUACGGCAGGUGACCCAGUUGACACGGACUACACUGCUGUAGGAUGUGCAAUUACAACCAUCUCCUCCAACCUCACUGAGAUGUCUAAAGGUGUAAAACUGCUUGCUGCUCUCAUGGAUGAUGAAGUCGGAAGUGGAGAGGACCUCCUGAAAGCUGCUCGAACAUUAGCCAGUGCUGUCUCAGACUUGCUGAAGGCUGUGCAACCUACUUCAGGGGAGCCUCGACAGACAGUUUUGACUGCAGCUGGAAGCAUUGGGCAAGCAAGCGGGGAGCUACUGAGACAGAUUGGCGAGAAUGAAACAGAUGAAAGAUUCCAGGAUGUUCUAAUGAGUCUGGCCAAAGCUGUUGCAAAUGCUGCUGCCAUGUUAGUGCUGAAGGCCAAGAACGUAGCACAGGUCGCUGAGGAUACAGUCCUGCAGAACAGGGUCAUUGCUGCUGCUACACAAUGUGCACUCUCUACUUCCCAGCUCGUGGCUUGUGCCAAGGUUGUGAGUCCCACCAUCAGCUCCCCGGUGUGCCAGGAACAGCUGAUUGAGGCAGGGAAACUGGUGGACCGUUCAGUGGAGAACUGCGUGAGGGCCUGCCAGGCUGCCACAGAUGAUACUGAGUUACUGAAGCAGGUUGGUGCAGCUGCCAGCAUUGUCAGCCAAGCCCUGAAUGACCUCUUGCAGCAUGUCCGCCAGUUUGCAAGCAGGGGAGAACCUAUUGGUCGCUAUGAUCAGGCCACAGAUACCAUCAUGUGUGUCACAGAGAGUAUUUUCAGUUCAAUGGGGGAUGCUGGUGAAAUGGUACGGCAGGCCAGGGUACUGGCUCAAGCUACCUCAGAUCUUGUCAAUGCUAUGAGGUCGGAUGCUGAAGCAGAAAUUGAUAUGGACAACUCAAAGAAGCUCCUAGCUGCUGCAAAGCUUCUAGCAGAUUCUACAGCCCGCAUGGUUGAAGCUGCAAAGGGAGCUGCAGCCAAUCCUGAAAAUGAGGAUCAACAACAGCGUCUGCGAGAAGCAGCAGAGGGAUUGCGUGUUGCUACAAAUGCUGCUGCACAGAAUGCCAUCAAGAAGAAAAUCGUCAACAGAUUAGAGAUUGCAGCUAAACAAGCUGCAGCUGCUGCUACUCAGACUAUUGCAGCUUCUCAGAAUGCAGCUGUUUCAAAUAAGAACACUGCAGCCCACCAGCAACUUGUGCAGAGCUGUAAGAAUGUUGCAGACCACAUUCCUCAGUUGGUGCAGGGUGUACGAGGAAGUCAAGCUCAGGCAGAAGACCUCAGUGCUCAGCUUGCUCUAAUAAAUUCCAGCCAAAACUUCCUUCAGCCUGGAAGUAAGAUGGUGGCAUCUGCUAAAGCUGCAGUACCCACUGUGACUGAUCAAGCAGCAGCAAUGCAGCUAAGUCAGUGCGCGAAGAACCUUGCAACCAGCUUAGCUGAGCUACGAACUGCCUCUCAGAAGGCUCAUGAAGCGUGUGGCCCAAUGGAGAUUGAUUCUGCUUUGAAUACAGUCCAGACACUCAAAAAUGAACUGCAAGAUGCAAAGAUGGCAGCUGUGGAUGGACAGCUAAAACCUCUCCCAGGAGAAACUCUUGAGAAAUGUGCUCAGGAUCUGGGAAGUACCUCCAAAGCAGUUGGUUCAUCAAUGGCCCAGUUGCUAACUUGCGCUGCUCAAGGCAAUGAGCACUACACAGGAGUUGCUGCAAGAGAAACUGCUCAGGCUUUGAAGACUUUGGCUCAGGCAGCACGAGGGGUUGCAGCAUCAACUACUGACCCUGUAGCAGCGCAUGCAAUGUUGGAUUCAGCAAGGGAUGUCAUGGAAGGCUCUGCUAUGCUUAUUCAGGAGGCAAAGCAGGCCCUGGCUGCACCGGGGGAUGCGGACAGUCAGCAGAGAUUAGCCCAGGUGGCAAAAGCAGUGUCUCACUCGCUGAAUAACUGUGUGAAUUGUCUACCUGGACAAAAGGAUGUCGAUGUGGCUUUGAAGAGUAUUGGAGAGUCUAGCAAGAAGCUCCUCGUUGAUUUGCUACCUCCAAGUUCAAAGUCAUUUCAAGAAGCUCAGAGCGAACUGAACCAGGCAGCAGCAGAUCUGAACCAGUCAGCAGGAGAAGUUGUUCAUGCUACACGGGGGCAAAGUGGGGAACUGGCUGCAGCAUCUGGAAAAUUUAGUGAUGAUUUUGAUGAAUUUCUUGAUGCAGGGAUUGAAAUGGCUGGUCAAGCCCAAACUAAAGAAGACCAGAUUCAAGUAAUAGGUAACCUCAAGAGCAUCUCUAUGGCUUCAAGCAAACUGUUACUGGCUGCCAAGUCUCUGUCUGUUGAUCCCGGAGCUCCUAAUGCCAAAAAUCUGUUAGCAGCAGCAGCAAGAGCUGUGACUGAAAGUAUAAACCAGCUCAUCACACUGUGCACCCAGCAAGCUCCCGGGCAGAAGGAAUGUGACAAUGCACUCAGAGAACUGGAGACAGUUAAGGGAAUGCUGGAUAACCCCAAUGAGCCUGUGAGCGACCUCUCAUAUUUUGAUUGCAUUGAGGGCGUAAUGGAAAACUCAAAGGUUCUUGGAGAAUCAAUGGCAGGCAUUUCCCAGAAUGCAAAAACCGGUGAUCUUUUAGUCUUUGGAGAAUGUGUUGGUGUUGCAUCCAAGGCUCUUUGUGGCCUCACAGAGGCAGCAGCUCAGGCUGCUUACUUGGUUGGCAUUUCAGAUCCCAACAGUCAGGCAGGUCAGCAGGGUCUUGUUGACCCAAUUCAGUUUGCCAGAGCCAAUCAAGCAAUCCAGAUGGCUUGCCAGAACUUGGUUGAUCCAGCAAGCAGCCCAUCACAGGUAUUGUCAGCUGCCACAAUUGUGGCUAAACAUACUUCUGCUCUGUGCAAUGCCUGUCGCAUCGCUUCAUCAAAGACAGCAAAUCCUGUUGCCAAGAGACACUUUGUGCAGUCUGCCAAGGAAGUUGCAAACAGCACAGCUAACCUGGUUAAGACAAUAAAGGCCCUGGAUGGUGAUUUCUCUGAAGAGAAUCGCAACAAGUGCAGAAUUGCUACUGCACCUUUGAUAGAAGCUGUGGAAAAUCUGACUGCGUUUGCUUCAAAUCCAGAAUUUGUCAGCAUACCAGCACAGAUCAGCACGGAGGGAUCAAGGGCACAGGAGCCAAUUCUAAUUUCUGCUAAAACGAUGUUGGAGAGCUCAUCUUUAUUGAUCAAGACUGCUCGUUCUUUAGCUAUCAAUCCAAAAGACCCCCCUACAUGGUCUGUACUAGCUGGUCAUUCCCAUACUGUCUCAGAUUCUAUUAAGAGUCUUAUCACUUCUAUCAGGGAUAAGGCCCCAGGCCAGCGCGAAUGUGAUUACUCUAUUGAUGGGAUCAACAGGUGCAUCAGAGACAUUGAGCAGGCCUCACUUGCAGCUGUCAGCCAGAGUCUGGCCACCAGAGAUGACAUAUCAGUGGAGGCUCUACAGGAGCAGCUAACAUCAGUAGUUCAGGAAAUUGGCCACCUAAUUGAUCCCAUAGCUACUGCAGCACGGGGAGAAGCAGCUCAGCUUGGGCACAAGGUUACACAGCUGGCAAGUUACUUCGAACCCCUGGUUUUAGCUGCAGUUGGUGUGGCAUCCAAAACUCUAGAUCAUCAGCAACAGAUGACAGUGUUGGACCAGAGCAAGACACUUGCAGAGUCUGCCUUACAGAUGUUGUACGCAGCUAAAGAAGGAGGAGGAAAUCCCAAGGCAUCACAUACACAUGAUGCAAUCACUGAGGCAGCUCAGCUGAUGAAAGAGGCUGUGGAUGAUAUCAUGGUUACCUUAAAUGAAGCUGCUAGUGAAGUAGGCAUGGUUGGAGGCAUGGUAGACUCAAUAGCAGAGGCAAUGAGCAAGCUGGAUGAAGGCACACCUGCGGAUCCCAAGGGAACAUUUGUUGAUUAUCAGACCACUGUGGUGAAAUACUCUAAAGCCAUUGCUGUUACAGCACAGGAAAUGAUGACUAAGUCGGUUACUAACCCCGAAGAGUUGGGAGGACUUGCAUCACAAAUGACCAAUGACUAUGGGCAUUUGGCUCUCCAGGGCCGAAUGGCUGCAGCUACAGCUGAACCAGAGGAGAUAGGGUUCCAGAUCAAGACUCGGGUGCAAGAACUUGGUCAUGGCUGUAUUUUUCUUGUGCAAAAAGCUGGUGCUCUCCAGAUUUGCCCUACAGACAGUUACACCAAAAGGGAGCUGAUAGAAUGUGCUCGUGCUGUGACUGAAAAGGUCUCCUUAGUUUUGUCUGCCCUUCAAGCAGGAAACAAAGGCACACAAGCCUGUAUUACUGCAGCCAGUGCUGUGUCUGGGAUAAUUGCAGAUCUAGACACGACUAUCAUGUUUGCUACUGCUGGAACCCUUAAUGCUGAAAACAACGAAUCAUUUGCAGACCACAGGGAAAAUAUUCUGAAAACAGCAAAAGCCCUAGUUGAAGAUACAAAAUUGUUGGUUUCUGGUGCUGCCUCAAGUCAGGACAAAUUGGCUCAAGCAGCUCAGUCAUCAGCUAACACCAUCACUCAGCUUGCAGAGGUUGUAAAAUUGGGAGCAGCUAGCUUGGGAUCAGAUGAUCCUGAAACGCAGGUUGUCCUGAUUAAUGCUAUCAAGGAUGUUGCAAAGGCCCUUUCUGAUCUCAUUGGUGCUACCAAAGGAGCUGCCAGCAAACCAGCAGAUGACCCAUCCAUGUACCAGCUGAAGGGGGCUGCCAAGGUGAUGGUAACAAAUGUCACAUCGCUUUUGAAGACAGUUAAAGCAGUAGAAGAUGAAGCUACUCGAGGGACAAGAGCUCUUGAGGCCACAAUUGAGUAUAUCAAACAGGAACUCACGGUGUUUCAAUCAAAUGAGGUUCCAGAAAAGACAUCAUCACCUGAAGAAUCAAUCCGGAUGACGAAAGGAAUCACCAUGGCAACAGCCAAAGCUGUUGCAGCUGGGAACUCAUGCAGACAGGAGGAUGUGAUUGCUACAGCAAAUCUGAGCCGCAAAGCAGUAGCUGACAUGCUAACAGCUUGUAAGCAAGCAUCGUAUCACCAAGAGGUGAGUGAAGAAGUUCGAGAGAGAGCCCUGCGCUUUGGAACAGAAUGUACGCUGGGAUAUCUGGAACUCCUGGAACACGUUCUUCUGAUCCUUCAAAAACCGACUCCAGAGCUGAAGCAUCAGUUGUCAGCUUUCUCCAAGCGGGUUGCUGGUGCUGUUACAGAGCUCAUCCAAUCAGCAGAAGCAAUGAAAGGGACAGAGUGGGUGGAUCCAGAAGAUCCAACGGUCAUUGCAGAGACAGAGCUACUAGGGGCUGCAGCAUCAAUUGAGGCUGCAGCAAAGAAGUUAGAGCAGCUGAAACCAAGAGCCAAGCCAAAGCAAGCAGAUGAGACUCUGGAUUUUGAAGAACAGAUCCUGGAAGCAGCUAAAUCCAUUGCCGCUGCUACCAGUGCCCUUGUGAAGUCAGCUUCAGCAGCACAGAGAGAACUGGUGGCACAGGGAAAGGUUGGAGCAAUCCCUGCAAAUGCAGCUGAUGAUGGACAGUGGUCUCAGGGACUUAUUUCUGCUGCCCGAAUGGUGGCAGCUGCAACCAGCAAUCUCUGUGAAGCAGCUAAUGCCUCAGUACAAGGCCACGCUAGUGAGGAGAAGCUCAUCUCAUCUGCAAAACAAGUUGCAGCUUCUACAGCACAACUUCUUGUGGCUUGCAAAGUAAAGGCUGAUCAUGACUCUGAAGCCAUGAGGAGGCUACAGGCCGCAGGAAAUGCUGUCAAGCGAGCAUCAGACAAUCUUGUCAGGGCGGCUCAAAAAGCAGCAUUUGGAAAAGCGGAGGAUGACGACGUUGUAGUCAAAACAAAGUUUGUGGGUGGAAUUGCUCAGAUCAUUGCAGCCCAAGAAGAAAUGCUGAAGAAGGAAAGAGAGCUGGAAGAGGCAAGGAAAAAACUAGCUCAAAUCCGCCAACAGCAAUACAAAUUUCUACCCACAGAGCUGAGAGAAGAUGAGGGUUAACCUGCUGAGAUGUUCUUCUUUCCUUUUUCUCUCUUUUUUUUUUUUCCUUUUAAAGAAAUAAGCUAAAGGGGGACAGUACAGUGAGAACUGGUCUGACAACAUUCUGGUAUGCCAAGCACUUAUCUAAAUAAACUGCUUAUCAUAUCUUUGGAUGAGCAGAGGGCAAUAAACACUUGUUCUUUGUCAUCUGGUCAGAUGAGGUGCAUGAUGAUCAAAUAAUGGUACAGUAUUAAGUUCAUUCCUGUUCCUUCCUGGACUUGCAUCUCAGGACAAAAUAUUUUACUUUUUAUUGAAGAUGCUAAAUCAGUAUUAUUGUCACUUCCUAAUGCUUGACAUAAUUAUUGUUCCUUUACUUGUUAUAAAAACUUGUUAUAAAACAUUCAUAGUAUUAAUAGGAAAACAGUCAAGAAAUCAUGCAUGUGAUAAAUAUCACAUGAGCUGGUGGUUCUCUCCCUACCCUUGUAAUGAGAAGAUAAAGUCAGAAAAAGGUAUGUCUUGAGUGGGAAAGAUGCACGUAUGUGGGUUUGAAGAAGAUGCCUGGCCUCUUUCAGUGUUAUAUAGCUGGUUCAUCCCAAAACUGGAGGAAGUAUCACUGCACCUGUUUGCACUAGUGUUAUUAGUCCUUACCUGAUACCAACAAGCUUCUGCUUGUACAGUAUUAUGGUUCACAAAAUGUGGCAAUAGCCAUUCUUUAGAGAGCGCAGAAAACAAAGAAAUGGAAACCUUGUCACUGCCUCAAUUAUAGCAGGUUCAUGAAGGAAGAUGCUGUUUGAAUUAUAUACCUCUAAUGUGUGACUACUUUUACAGUAUUAUACACACAUACACAUGCUCUCACAUUGGACUGAAUAGUUUGUGUUCUGUUUUGUAAUUGAAAUUAUCUGGUUUGUACUGUGGGAUUUCUGUUAGAAUGUAUGUUAGUUAAAAAGGGAAAUACCCAGUACAAUGAAAGACUAUCACAACUCUUGCUAUUCUAUUAAUAAUUGUAAUUAUUUUGUUUUGAAACCGGUGGGUGUCGUAGGAGAAAAGAAUAAGUGAUUUACAAGUAGACCCCUACUGUAAUGUAAAUAAUAAAGAUCUGGACUCUAGGGAGUUUAUUUUCAUACUUGGUAUUGAUGAAAAUGUACUCACCAAAGAAUUGCAGAGAAGGAAUAGCAGCAGUCUGAGCAGCAAUCUUUGUCUUCAGCUGCAGAAAGGUACUGUAUGUUCUCAAUAUCUCUGUUGUGACCUAAACAAUAGCAACAUGGGUAGAGUGAGUAAAAACUCUACCUUUUAUCCUGUCAAAGAAGGAACAUGAACCACAGCAACUUUAACUAGCAAAAGAUAAAUUGACUAACUGCAGAAACACCAUCCCUCUUAACAGCAAUUUCCAACAUACCUACACCUCCACUCAAGCCUUCUUAAUAAUGUCAAGUCUACUUAGGUCAAAGGAUGAUGCCACUACAGUGCUUCUGAAGGCUGUGCUGUCAUUUAGAUACCUGUAAAGUACCUCCAACUGAGCCUAUUAUGUUAUAUGCAGACUCAUCUAGUCAACAUUGUUGCAGAAAUACUUGUCUUGUAGACUCAGAAAUAACCCCUAGUGGUAGGUUUACCAGUUUAGAUAGUGCUAACUCAUUUAAGUUACUUGCAUGACAUAUAAUUAACAGGAAUUUUGUCACACUAGUGUUAAAUAUAUAGGAAAAAUGAUUACAAAAAUAAUAAAUAUUAAUGUGUACAAAUAUUUUCUUUUUGUUGUUAGUCUCUUCUCUGGUACUGAAAUAUUUCAGACAAUAGAAUUGUUGGAGAAUCCAUGCUGAUGAGAGGGGAUAAAAGGGAAAUCCCAGAUAGAAUCAUUGAUUAUUGACAGAUGUGCUAUGAUGUGUAAGCUUUUGUGCAUACACAACCCUUAUUGUUAGAGACGCAAUUCUAAGUUCUGUAUUAUACAAUUCAGCACAAUUGUAUCUUUUUUUUUCCACUCAACUUUUACACAGUGAAUUCAGUGAGUGGUGUAGUGUCACAGAAUCUCAAUGUUAAGAAUUCCUACACACACAAAAAGCCCUCAUGCAAAGUUUUAGGUCAAAAGGUAAAUCACUAUUACUGUUGUAAGACCUAAAUACAGAUAGCUCUAACUGAUAGGGGUUUUCUGAUGGUGAUGGUGGGCCAAGCUUCUUUGCAAUCUCUCUCUCUCUCUCUCAUAUGUUCCUAUCUUUUUUGGAAAGAUCUGCAAGACAAAUUUGUUGUUGUUCCCCUUUCAGCCUAUUUUUAUCCUAUUAUUUAGUCUCAUUAAAACAAGAAAAAAGAUGGUGCUGUCCUUAGUAUCUUGCCAUUAUUCUACCUUAGAUACAUAUAAUAAUGUUGUAAUGUAUUUUGGUCAAAAUGGUAUUUGCCAGUUUGAAAGAAGCCACAAGCCUGGUCAAGUUCAACUUUAUGCAGAAAAUGCAUAGCUAGAAAAUUUUAUCAGUUCAUAGAUGGAAAGAGCCUGCUCAAAUUGUGUUCCAGAUAAAGUUGCUUGGGAAGUCCAUUUCAGCAUAGUUAUUUUGAUGCCUCUCUAUUCCUGAUUUAAUGCUCGCUCUCUCUCAUUUGACAGAAAGUAUUGUUCUUUUUCUCCUCAGCUUUGUGCUCCACAGAGGAACCACAGUCAGCUAAGUAACUGAAUAGAACAAUUCAAGGAGUAUUUUUUUUUUUUUUACUGUGAACUUUGGGUCUUGAUUUGGGAAACAUUCAGAGGAUAUAAGCACAUUCAAGGCAUUCUAUUUCAAUUUAUUCUUGAUAAUUUGCAGUACCACUGAAGUCCACAUGUGAACAUCUGUGGAGUUAGGAUCUACUCCAUGCAUUUAUUUCUCAUGGAAACUUGCAGCAGUAAGUGACAAGCUGGGGUAAGGGAUGGAAGUUAGUUAAUAGGGACAACAGAUGUUUACUUUGUAUUGUUAACUUGUGACAUGGUAAAUGGGCUCUGUUGUAUCUCACCCUUCUUCAUGUGGAUUUCACUUUAAAGAGUUGUAUGCAAAUUAAAAGCAAAAUGCCUCAAAGUUGUUUGUGUACAAAUAGUCUAGUGUUGUUUUCCCUAACUGUCCAGAAAAUAACUCAAAUGGAACAUUUUAUAAUGUCUAAGUUUUUCCUUUGCUACAUCAGAAGCUUCAAAGUAAGAAAAGGUUUAAAACAAAAAUUGAGGGCUAGACUCUUGUUUUGUCUGUCCCUUCCCCUUGACUUUCUGCAUCUUCAUUACCUAAUUCCUAGUGAAGGAAUGGAUAAUUGUUGUAGAAACCUCCUCACUCUAAAUGUGUUAGCUCAUGAGCAAAUUUUUGGCUCUUAAUCAGACCAAACUGAUAAGAUGUUUACCUCAGGAGUAUGGCAUCCAUCAUCAUUAAAUUUAUCCCCCUUCACUUAGUUUUUUUUAACUAUAGUUUUGGAUAUUUUUUUGACUUGUGCCGUAAUUGUUGUCCUUACAUAAGUGCAUAACAAUUAACAAUUUAUCUGCCCAUAUUUGUCAUGAUUCCUGGAACCUGCCUUUCAGUACUCACAAUAGUGUAAGUUAAACAUGUUGUAGUUGUACCUGUUAAUGGAAGAACAUAUAUCUGUGGCACAAAGUUUGAUGCCACAUGCAGAAACUUAGAUUGUUUGAGAUGCUAGUCUGUUACAGAUGUCUCUUUUGUUUGACCUUAGUAUCUGUGGUGAAGUCUGAUUUAAAAAAAAAAAUUCAGAGGUGACAGUUGCACAGACUGGAUUAGGCUCAUGAGCUACUUUACUGUUAACAUGUGAACUCUGUCCUUGGGCACCAAGCAUCAUUCACCGGAGAACAAUACAGGUGUCAGUAAGUGCAUGAAGCACGGGGCAAAGCUACAUGGGGGUAUUUCCAACUAAGAAGCAUCAUCACGGCUUUCGUCAGGAUGGUCAUGGGGACAGAUGCACCUCCAAACUUAUUCUGCUUUGGAGGACCUGGUACUGAGGCACAACAACGUUCAUUUCUUCAGUAGCUGCUAGUUCUGAUACUUCUGGGCAGAAUGUAGUCUAUGUCAACUGCUUGGUGUUUGCUGUCCUUGUUUUCAGUGUAGCAUCAUCGUAGUAUGUGUUGAAAAGAUCCUAGCCACAACCUUAGAGACUCUAGGGAAGUUAUUUUUUCUGCUUGCCCAGUAAUGCCUGAAGACUUUAAGACUAAACUAUGUUGUUUUCUUUUUUUACAUGCUUCGAUCCCUUUUGAC